AUUCUAACCCAAACCUCUUAGCGGAGUGCCAUCGGGAUGUACUAUCCGAUUUAUAUCUUUGUUACCGGUUUGUUCUACGUCACUAGUCUUCCUCAAACGAAAGACGCACGUAUUUCGGACGCAAGAAAUGUGACUUCAGAAAAACAAAUAAAAUGUACUUCAAAUUAUUUGAAAUCAUUUACGGACUGCUUUAAUGACGACAUGCGACACGAUGACGGCUUGAGUGAUUCUACUUCGAGAGAGGGCGGCAACACAUAUGAGUGUUUACAAGAUUUGGCGCGAGUAUUCAAACUAUGUAUGGAGAACGAGCCGCAUUGGAAUGAACACAUAAGCGAAGAAAAAUCGUCUGAAGAAGAAAGAUCUCUAGAUCACCCGUUCAAGCUGUUUCCGAUUACACCGAAUGACCACGACGCGCAAUGGACGCAAUCCAAAUUCCACAAACCCGGACACGCUAAGAAGAAAUAUUGUAAUAAACAUUCCGAAUAAUAAUUUAUACAAAAUUAACAGGAAAAAAUAUUUUUCUCUUUCUUUUUUCUUAAUAAUUGUAUACUUUCAUUUUGUACUUUCAUUUAUGUUGAAUAAUUUUUUUUUGAUUUGAUUUGAAUAAAUUAUACGACUAAAUUAAA